AUUCUCUCCUUCUUCAAUCUUCCUCUUUUCCAUCAACAAUGGCGACUUUGGAUGAAGUUUCUGCUCUCCAGUUCAUCAGACACCACCUGCUCGACGAAUAUGAUAACGAUACUCCUGAUUGCCCUGUAUUCACUUCUCAAACAUCAAUUUCUCAUCAUUUUGAGUCUGAUUUCGUAAUUCAAUUUACAGUACCGGAAUCUGUCGAUAGUAGAUCUGGAAAACCGCAUUUGGAGGUCGAUUUGAAGGAAACAGAGUGUGUGGAGGAGGUGGAGGUUCAUUACAGAGGAGUACGACGGCGGCCAUGGGGAAAGUAUGCGGCUGAGAUCCGAGAUCCAAAACGUAAUGGAGCUAGGGUUUGGUUGGGGACGUUUGAUACAGCUAUUGGAGCUGCAAAAGCCUAUGAUAGGGCCGCAUUUGAAAUGCGUGGGAGAAAAGCUAUUCUGAAUUUCCCUCUGGAGAUUGGAAGUGAAACUGUUAGCUGCCGGAAAAGAAGCAGAGAUGUAGAAGAAACGGUGGUGGUAAAAAAGGAGAGGAUAACGGAGACCGGUGAUGAACCGUCAAGUUGGACGGCGGUUUGGGACGACGAUUGGUGUUUUUCCAACAUCCAUCCCUUGUCUCAAUUAACGGUGAUUCGAGAUCAGUCAAGAGAGAGUGGUUCGAUUCUAUCUACAAGUUGCUAAUCUUCACAAUCCACAUAAACCUUCGAUUCUCCACAAUCGUCACUAAAUUCUUUGAUUUGAUUACUUUUUCACAGUUCGAAAAUUUAAGUUUGUUAUUUUGUGGUUUCCAUAAAUUUAUUACUAUCGAGACCUGAACGAAUUUGACCUAAAAACAACAACUGAAUGCAGAAUAAACUAUUUAUCGAUUCC